AUGGGGAGGGUAGAGGAGGGAAGCUGGACCAGUUGACGGCUAAGCUGGGAAGACAGGAAGGAGAUAGUGACUGGUCCCUCUCUACAGAAACUCUCUGAUGAAGGAGGAAGACCCUGUAGAUUUAGAGCUCUUCCCCCGUUACUUUCAGAGACGAAAAUCAUUGGUGGAGGAUAAAGUUGCGGACUUCGUCGGGCUUCAGGUUUAAUGGAUUGUAUGUAAAGAUGUUUUGGGGCAACUGUUUUUGCGGCGAUUCUGCUUCUCACCUUCCCUCUCACCCUCAGCCCUUCUCCCUCCCUUCACCUCUUCCACCGUGGCCUCCAGGUGGUAGCUUUGCUAGUGGAAGAAUAUGCCUCGGAGAAAUAGAAGUCUUGAGCAUAGACAAAUUUGAGAGAGUUUGGAGCUACGAUGGCUUGCAUGCGAGACCUGAGGGUGUUACUUUUUAUAGACCCGUGGAGGUCCCCGAUGGCUUUUCCUGCCUUGGUCACUAUUGCCAGUCCAAUGAUCAGCCAUUGAGAGGAUAUAUUCUUGUAGCUCGUGAAGCCACUUCUUUUGAACUUCAAGCUAGUCAUACCCGUGGCUCGUUGUUAGAAUCUCCACCUCUGAAAAAGCCCCUAAACUACUCAUUAAUAUGGAGCUCUGAUUCACGACAUGAUGGAUGUGGUUACUUUUGGUUGCCAAACCCUCCAAUGGGAUACAAAGCCAUGGGUAUUAUGGUCACUACCAAACCAGAAGAACCUAGUCUUGAACAAGUUAGAUGUGUGAGAGCUGAUCUCACAGAAACCUGUGAGGUCAAUGAUGUAUUAUUAGCCGUUAAUUCCAGGUUUUCAAGAAUCCUUUUUCAGGUUUGUAAUACAAGACCGAGGAAAAGAGGUUCGCUGGGAAGAGGUGUAUCUGUCGGGACAUUCUUCUGCAGCACCCACUUUGAUCCCGAGCAAGAGAUAGAUAUCUCAUGCUUGAAGAAUCUUGAUUCCACCUUAAAUGCAAUGCCAAAUCUCAACCAGAUUCAUGCACUUAUUGAGCAUUAUGGGCCCACUGUAUUCUUCCAUCCUGAUGAAAUAUAUCUGCCAUCAUCAGUUCAAUGGUUUUUCAAAAAUGGAGCCCUUUUAUAUAAAGAUGGCAGUGAGUGGGGAGAAGCCAUAGAUUACAAGGGCUCCAAUUUACCUAGAGGAGGGACAAAUGAUGGUGCUUUUUGGAUAGAUUUACCUAGUGAUGAUGACAAAGCCAGAAAUGAUCUAAAAAGGGGGAACAUUGAGAGUGCAGAACUCUAUGUUCAUGUAAAACCAGCUUUGGGAGGAACAUUCGCUGAUAUUGCAAUGUGGGUUUUCUGUCCAUUCAAUGGAGCUGUCACCAUCAAAGUAGGAUUUCUGAACAUUGCAAUGAAAAGGAUAGGAGAGCAUGUGGGGGAUUGGGAACACUUCACGCUUCGCGUGAGCAAUUUCACAGGAGAGCUAUGGUCUGUUUUCUUCUCUCAGCAUAGUGGGGGUGAAUGGGUAAAUGCGUUUAAUUUGGAGUUUAUAGAGGGGAAUAAACCAAUCGUUUAUUCAUCAAAAAAUGGGCACGCUAGCUUCCCUCAUCCAGGGACUUACCUUCAGGGAUCAUCCAAACUUGGAAUUGGAGUGCGUAAUGAUGCAGGUAGAAGCAAUCACUUUGUGGAUUCAAGCAUCAAAUAUCAGAUUGUUGCAGCUGAGCAUCUGGGUGAUGAGGCCAUUGAAGAGCCAUCUUGGUUGCAGUACAUGAGAGAGUGGGGUCCUACCAUCCUUUACGAUUCACGUUCUGAAAUCAAAAAGAUGAUCGAUCUGCUUCCGUUGUUUGUCAGAUUUUCAUUGAAGAACAUUGUUGAACUGUUUCCAACAGAGCUUUACUGUGAGGAGGGGCCAACUGGUCCAAAGGAAAAGGCUAAUUGGUUAGGAGAUGAAAUAUGCUUCACUUGACUAUCACCGCAUCACGGAUACAUUUUCAGACUACCUAUGCCUCAGAUUGUUGUUGUAAGUUAUAGAUACGGUUCUUGUGGGCAUAAAAGUUAUGAAACCCGUUGAGAGGUUGCUAGGAAUAUCCAAUGCAACAUAAACAGAAAUACUAAAUGCGAAAAUUUGCCAUGGAGGCGAGGGCAUCUGUGAAGUAGGCGGGGGAGUGUAAUGAGACUAUCAGGAUAUGGUGAAGGAAUAUUGAGAAUGUAAAUAAAUUAUAUAUCGUCAUGAUUCGAGCACUUGUCUGUAAUCCAAGUAUUCCAAGAUGGUUUUACAUAUCUAGUUUAAAUGAAAGACAAGGCUUCAAUUUAUAA